GCUCUUUUGCUCCCUCUGGCAGCUCAUCUCUAGCUUGUGGGUGUCUUCUGAGGUGCUGCAGACAGCAUCAGCCAAGUCGGGAACGACUGGGCCAACACUGUCAGUACUGGGACAGUGUGCCUGGUUCCUGGACCUCGUUCAGCCCUGUCUGUGGGAGGAGAGAAAGCUUUGUCGUGGCAGCCUGAGGAUGAUGCCCCAGCUUCAAUUCAAAGAUGCCUUUUGGUGCAGGGACUUCACAGCCCAUACAGGCUAUGAGGUGCUGCUGCAGCGGCUGCUGGAUGGCAGGAAGAUGUGCAAGGACAUGGAAGAGCUGCUGAGGCAGAGGGCCCAAGCCGAGGAGCGGUACGGGAAGGAGCUGGUACAGAUUGCCCGGAAAGCAGGCGGCCAGACAGAGAUCAACACCCUGAGGGCCUCCUUUGACUCCCUGAAGCAGCAAAUGGAAGACAUUGGGAACUCCCACAUACAGCUGGCCCUCGCCCUGCGUGAGGAGCUCCGCAGCCUUGAGGACUUCCGAGAGAGGCAGAAGGAGCAGAGGAAAAAGUACGAGGCUGUUAUGGACCGUGUCCAGAAGAGCAAGCUGUUACUCUACAAGAAGGUCAUGGAGUCCAAGAAGACAUAUGAGCAGAAGUGCCGGGACUCAGAUGACGCCGAGCAGGCCUUCGAGCGUAUUAGCAUCAACGGCCAACAGAAACAGGUGGAAAAGAGCCAGAACAAAGCCAAGCAGUGCAAGGACUCAGCCACGGAGGCAGAGCGGGUGUACAGGCAGAACAUUGAGCAUCUGGAGAAAGUGCGGGGCGAGUGGGAGCAGGAGCACCAAACCACCUGUGAGGCCUUCCAGCUUCAAGAGUUUGACAGGCUGACCAUCCUCCGAAAUGCCCUAUGGGUGCACUGCAACCAGCUCUCCAUGCAGUGCGUCAAGGAUGAUGAGCUCUAUGAGGAGGUUCGGGUGACGCUGGAAGGCUGCAGUGUGGAAGCCGACAUCAACAGCUUCAUCCAGGCCAAGAGUACAGGCACUGAGCCCCCAGCUCCAGUACCCUACCAGAACUACUAUGAUCGGGAAGUCACCAUAUCAUCUGGCAGUCCUGGCAUACAACCUUCCUGUGGCAUGAUAAAAAGAUUCUCUGGGCUGCUGCAUGGAAGUCCCAAGACUGCACAGUCGGCAGCCUCUGCAGCCUCCACAGACACCCUGACUCCCACCCGCAAUGAGAAUGAGGUUGUCUACGCCGCUGUCGCAGUGCAGGAGGCACCAGGACCCCCCACCCUGCCAGCCCGGGACUACAGGGCAAUCUAUGACUACAAAGCCCAGAAUUCUGAUGAGCUGGACAUCUCUGCUGGGGACAUCCUGGAGGUCAUCCUAGAAGGGGAGGAUGGCUGGUGGACAGUGGAACAGAAUGGGCAGCGUGGCUUUGUACCUGGUUCCUAUCUGGAGAAGCUCUGAGGAAGAGGCAACAGCCCGCACCUGGACCUGCCCUAUCUGUGGAGCCAGCAGUAUCUUCAUCACUGCAAGGCUGAGUCCCCAAGACCAAGCCAGCCCCCCAACCCCAUGAGUGCUGGCUGCUCACAUAGCAGUCUCUCAUACAGGGAAUAAAGGAGUACAUUCUUUAUCCUUG